AUUAUAGCCUUCCAGCGCGCAACAUCCCACCAGCAGUGAGUGAGAGAGAGGCACACACAGAGAACCCGGGGAAGCCGCACCCUCCUAAAACAUUUUUACGCUUUUAGUUUUUUUAAAAAAGGGGGAACAAGAAGGGAAGGAGAAAGAACCAAGACAAGAAAUACUAAUUCGGGACGACCUCUUCUCUUCUCUUUUGUUUCCAAUCUCUCUCUCUCUUUCAGCAGGAAGACUAGUAGACUGGACCCAUUCCCAUUCAUAAAGAUACCCAAGAGAAGGGUACGAAUUAUCCUUGCAAACGAAAAGAAAGACCCAACUACCAUUUUUUCUCUCCCUCCCCACCCCUCGCGAGAAUCACGUAACGAAAACACCCAAAGAGACAAAGAGAAGUAAAGACAGAGAGAAAAGAGAGGGGAAAAAAACUCCCAAUAGAGGAAGUGUAUUGUGUGCUAUUGACCUUUACGUGUGUCCCAUUAGCGUCCCUUUUGAAUGGGGAUUAAUAGGUUCCUGGUGGUGCUGGAGACUGACCAGGCCGUCUACAGCAGCGGCCAGGAUGUGGCUGGCUUCGUCGAGGUCUUCGUCGAGUCCAUCAUGGCUUGUAGAGCCGUCCUGGUGAAAGCAAGUGGCUUUUGCAAGGUCAACUAUUUGGGCAACUUGAAUGAGGAGACAUACAUGCAGGAAACUGUGACUGUGUGGUGCGGCAGCAGUCAGGGCGAAAACCUCCAGCCGGGCACACAUAUGUUCCCCUUUCGUUUUAAGGUGCCCCAAAAUGUACCCAGCAGCUUUGAGAAUGAGUACGGCCACAUCCGUUACAUGGUGGAGGCCAUGGCAGAGAUCCCCUGGGGGGAGAAUGUGACCACACAGAAGGAUUUCAGGGUGGAUAGCAGAUACGAUCUCAUACAAGACGAGGAUGCAUCAUUGCCACUAAGGUUCGUUAAGGAAGAGAGCGUGUGCUGUUGCUGCUGUGAACAAGGACCUGUCAACAUAGCCCUGUCAGCUGAGAAAACCGGCUACAUCCCCGGGGAAUACAUCCUGCUUACUGGAGAAGUGACUAAUCGUGCAGGAUGGCAUAUAGAGAACUCCGUUAUUAAGCUCAUUCAGACAAUCAAGUAUAUAGUGCAUGAAAACUCAUACAAGGAAACAGAAACGAUACAGCGGCUGGGACGACCUGGGAUAUUGGCUGGGAACACUGAUGUUUGGCUCUCCGUUCCUCUGCGUAUCCCUGAACAGGCGGCUUGCCUGCAGUACUGCAACAUCAUGAAGGCAAAAUAUGAAGUGGAGAUCACCUUUUCAAUGGGAUUCUGCUCAGAUGCCAUUGUGAAGGAGACCAUUAUUGUGGGGGCCAAUCCAGUGGGCAAGGUCACCAUGGCUUUAGAAGGUCUAGUGCCCAGCCCCAGUGCCCCAAAGCCCUCAGCCCCACCCCUGUACAACAGCACGGAGCCUGUCUCGCAGGAGCUCAAGCCUGUAAUCACACAGCAACCCACAGCCACCUCAGACACCAGCCCCACCGCCAUAUAGCAUUAUCCGUAUAUCAUCCAUUGUUCGUACUUGCCGUUCAUGUGAGUUUAUGCUCUCCCACGCAUCGUGGUUGUCAUUUUCAUCAUCCUUGUAUUUUCUUAAGAUUGGUAGUGGGAGGGACUGGGAAGGGGGAGACGAAAGAGGUAAGGGGAAGGGGGUAGAAUAUAAAAAAAAAAGGAACGUGAUGGGAGGAAAAGCAAGGGAAGAGAAGGAAA